AUGGAUCUGUAUCGCCUGCCAGAGGGUUUCAGAAAAUAUCUUGUUGCUGAGCGGCACAAGCCAGAUUCUUCUGGCUUUAAAGAGGAUGUUGAGCUCUCCCAAAUCAUAGAGGAAGAGGAGCCAGAGCCCUGUCAACAGAAGCAACAUCCAAUUAAAAAUGAGGAGGAAUGGCUGCCAUGUGUUAAAAAAGAGGAAGAGGAGGAACAUAUCACUCGGUCAAGUGGUGAGCCCUGGAAGAGUGAAGAUGGUCCGAGUGAGGCUGGCAGAGGGGCGGAGCCUCCAAGCAGCUGCACCAGCAGUUCAACAGAAGGAUUGCAGGCAGACAUUUUCAUCGCUCCAUCAAACAGAAGUGGUACCACAUCACACUCACCGUACAAUGAUGACAGUCAUAAGAAAUCUCGCAGUGACGACAAACUCUGCAAAUGCUCUCAAUGUGGGAAAACCUUUCCUACCAAGCAAACUUGUGAUGUGCAUAUGAGGAGGCACACUGUCGAAAAGCCUUUUUCCUGCUCAUUAAAAAAACACACAAGAACCCACACUGGCAAAAAACCCUUUUCCUGCUCAGUUUGUGGUCAAAGAUUCAGUCACAAGAGCAACUUAAAACGACACAUAAGAAUCCACACUGGCGAAAAACCUUUUUCCUGCUCAGUUUGUGGUCAAAGAUUCAGUUACAAGAGCAAAUUAAAACGACACAUAAGAAUCCACACUGGCGAAAAACCUUUUUCCUGCUCAGUUUGUGGACAAGAAUUUAGUCGCAAAACCACCUUAAAACUACACAUCAGAACCCACACUGGCGAAAAACCUUUUUCCUGCUCAGUUUGUGGUCAAAGAUUCAGUCACAACAACAACUUAAAACAACACAUAAGAACCCACACUGGCGAAAAGCCUUUUUCCUGCUCAGUUUGUGGUCAAACAUUCAGUCACAAGAGCAACUUAAAACGACACACAAGUACCCACACUGGCGAAAAACCUUUUUCCUGCUCAGUUUGUGAUCAAAGAUUCAGUCAACAGAGCACCUUAAAAAAACACACAAGAACCCACACUGGCGAAAAACCUUUUUCCUGCUCAGUUUGUAGUCAAAGAUUCGCUCAAAAGCAAUACUUAAAAGAACACACAAGAAGUCACACUGGCGAAAAAACUUUUUCCUGCUCAGUUUGUGAUCAUAGAUUUGCUCUAAAGGGAAAUCUAACAAAACACAUCAGAACCCACACCGGAGAAAAACCUUUUUCCUGCUCAGUUUGUGGUCAAAGAUUCGCUCGGAAGGAUCGGAUAAAGAGACAUGUGUGUGUUGGUGUGAGAAGCAGUGGCCAAUGA